AUGGUGAAGCUCCGGGGAAUAGAGAUCAAUGUGAUCUCCCAGUUCGACAUCUGCAAACUCCCCGAAUAUGCCGCCACCACCUCCAACGACACUGAUCCCUUUCGAACCGCCGAUCGUCCUGAAAAGCAUGCGCCUCCCUCCUACACGACAGCAACAUGCUACAUCCCCAUCUAUCCAGGCAGCCAGAUCUGGCUCGAGUACACCAUCGACGGACCUCACCCCGCUGGCGCGUCGUAUUUCUUCAAGUUGUUUGUUAAUGGCAUGGUCGUAACGAGCUGGGACUGUACUGCCAAACAUGGUUUUCACGGGAAGAUGAUGUAUAAUCUUGUCCAUGAGGGGAGGGGACAGGUGAAGAGGCAGGCUUUGAAGUUUGGGGAUGGCAUUGGGAACGGGCAGGGAGAGGACAUCAUGAGCGUCCAUGUCUACCGGAUUGAGAAGAGAGUAAGAGUAAGGGAGAUCGAGGAGGGUACCGGCAGGGUCAAUAUCGGCGCCCCUCGGACUGAUGGAUUGAGGUAG